AUCUGUUUGUUUACAGCUCGAUCACUUCCUGUAUGUGUUGGUCUGCGUAAGCCUGCAAGCUAACCGAUUGACUUAAUCUUAAAAUAAGUUUCAAAAAUGGGAUGCGAUGGUGGAACGAUUCCCAAAAGACACGAGUUAGUGAAAGGUCCCAAGAAGGUUGAAAAGGUGGAUAAAAAUGCUGAACUACUUGCUAAGUGGAAAUUCUGUGCAUUGAGUCAGGAGAGACUCAGACGCCCCAUUGUGUCUUGCGAGCUUGGCAGGCUUUAUAACAAGGAUGUAGUUAUUGAAUAUCUUCUGGAUAAAUCUGCUGAGAGACCCAAUGCUGACGCUGUAGCACAUAUCCGUGGGACUAAGGAUAUAAAGGAGCUCAACCUGACCGAUAAUCCUGAAUGGGAGGGGGAGAGAAGAAAUGCAAAAGGAGACAUAUAUGAGGACAUCCAUCGUGGCAUGUUCAUUUGUCCCGUCGUUGGUUUGGAAAUGAAUGGAAAACACAGGUUCUGUUACCUGCAGACCUGUGGCUGUGUGUUUUCAGAAAGAGCCCUGAAGGAGGUCAAGACAGAAAUCUGUCACAAGUGUGGAGAUCCUUUUGAAGAUGACAACAUCAUUGUGCUCAAUGGCACAAAGGAAGAGGUGGAGAAGCAGAGGGAGAAGAUGGAAGAGAGGCGAGCCAAAGCCAAGACCAAGAAAUCAAAGAAGACCAAAGCAGCUGAAAGUGAAUCCACACCUGCAGCAUCAAAAGGAGCUGCAAAACCUCCACCAGCCGAUACAGCUGGGAGGAGCUCCAUGCUAAAUGGUGAUGGAAGCAGCCAGUCAGCUGUGGCUGGACCUUCUGGAUCCUCCAGCUCCUCUAAGAGCUCCAAGUCCUCAACAAGCUCUGCCACCAAAAGAUCCAUCCAGGACUUGGAGGAGAAGUCUGAAGCUUUUAAAUCUCUGUUCACCACCCACAGCUCUGCCAAACGCUCUAAAGACCAAAUGUCCAACUGGGUCACCCACACUCCUUAUCACUUCUAACAAGCAAGUGCUCAAUGCAGAAAUACACCUGUUUGACUUGUUAAAGAAACCCUUAGCUGGAUGGUUUAUAAUUUCUUUUACAUUUGUGAAUUUUUUUACCCAGCUGACCUUUAAUGCCAUCCCUGUUGGCUGGUUUCCAGCUUUCCUCUUCAGUCCCCAGUUUCUUUGUGUUUACAUGUUACAAACAUUUCCUACAAGCUCCCUCAGAGGAUCAGGCUGUUUUGUUUUUUUCCCUCCCUCCGCUCACUUGUGUGUCUCCAGCCACAGGCAGCUUAGGACCUGAUGCUGGGAUGAUGGUUAGAGAGCUAAAGAGAGCUAAAAGUGUUGAAGCAGUAGUGGGAGAAAGAAGCAGCAAAGCUGAUUUCACUCUUCAGAAAACAAGAAAUAUUUACUGUUUAUGAAGAAGCAAAUUAUACAUUUUCACCAACAUUUCUUUAAAAAUAUUUUUACCAUAAGAUAGGAAACAUUGUUCAUAAUUUAUCACCAAAUUUGUUAUUUAAAAAAUCUGUUUGACGGCAUAAAGACAGAUUAAAACAUCUAGAUGUGUGAUGUGUUCUGGCAAUUCAAGCUUUUAUUUUCUUUCCUCUAAAUAAAAUGAAUUUAUGUUGA